AUGAGAAUCGAUAUUCAGGCUGGUCGAUCUGACCGAGUGGUUCCGACCGACCCUAAACUCCCAGCCCUCCCUCCCUUUCGCCGCUCAAUGCAACCACGGUCCUCUGCUGAUAUCCUCGCAAAGGCUCCGACAAAGCCAACGACAAAGCCAACGACAAAGUCAACGACGACGAAGUCAAGGCACAAGAGGCCAGCUGCUUCUACCAACAUAGAGCAGAGGCUAUCAUUCUCAUCUCUCAGCGGCACCGGUCCUUCCAACACGACCAAUACGAGCGAGCACCUGACGUUCGGAAACCCUGAACCAGCGCAGCACCAGUUCAACUUCCGUUUCAAGGCUUCAAAACUCUCUGCCUCCGCUCCUGAAGCAUCUGGCACACACGACGAUGGAGUUCUGAGGGACUUGGGUACAGUAGAGCAAGCCGUGGAUUUCGUUGGUGGGGAGUUCAGUGGUGCCAAAGAACCAAACCCCACCACAUUCCCUCUCUCUGCCGCGAGAGCAGAAGAGCCCCCGCGAACCAGAAUACUGCGUACCGAGCGUAUCGAGAAGGUGCUAGCACUGUUGAAGGAAAACAGAAUGAGUCCAUUUGACUUGUUCGUUGAGAUACUGGAUGAAUUCAAGCCAGAAUAUUUCGCUUAUCGUUCCGAGCUCUAUAAAGGGAGCAACAAAAAGCUCGACACGAUCCUCAACCACAUUGCUGGGGCUGAGGCGGGAAAGCGCAAGCUGUGGGCAUGGAUGCGACCUCAUGCCCUAUAG